GUGUUGUUGUUGGGUUGGGAUUUUUGGAGGACGAGCUAAAGCAUGGCUGAGUUCCGUCAGAGCAUCGACUACGCCGCACACACACAUCAACUUCUCCCUGGAAACACCGUCCGGCCCCAAAAGUCGUCCGUUACAGCAAUCAAAUGGACAUGUCAAAACCCCAUGCCUCCGCCGCUUGUGUCCUUCGAAAUUUACUUGAAUUUUACUCGUCUUUUUUUUUUCUUAUUUCCCUCCACCCCUCCUGUUAGGAGAACGUUCUCUCCUCUUCCCUUGCUCUUGAGAAAAGUUGAACCAUCAUGAAAACACAAACACCCCUCUAUCUCCUCGUAUUUCUUCUGUCCACAGCAGCUACAGCACAAUACUGCUACUACGCAAAUGGCGUAGUGGCCGACGUGACGAGCGACUACCUCCCCUGCCCGUACCGCCCCGUCAACACAAUAUGCUGCUCUAUGGACCGCAAACUCGCACCCGGCAGCGAAACCCCCAACCCAAGCCUCGUCCAGGACGUAUGUCUAGACAAUGGCCUCUGCAUGAACAACCACACCGUCGACGGCCAAGCCCAAGUCGCAUACUACGUCAACGGCUGCACCAACGAGGACCCAAAAGCCCCCGAAUGCUUCAGCCUCUGCGAACGCAAAUCAGAGGAUGCGAGCAGCAGCCUCCGCGUGACGCCGUGCUCGGGGACCUCCGACAGCGAGAAAUGGUGCUGUGGCAACUCGGACAAAUGCUGCUCAGACGGCACCGCAAUCACCGUCCCCGCCGUCUUUGGCCAAAACCUCAACGGCAACAAUAACAAGACGUCGGAACCAAGCUCCUCUUCCUCAUCCUCCUCGUCGGCGCCCCCAACUGCAUCCUCGAACCCCCCGCAAUCAAACCCAGGCUCCUCCCCGCAAGACCAGCAGCAGCAGCAGCAAUCGAACCCGAGCAGCGGCCUCUCGACUGCCGCAAAAGCAGGAAUAGCAGUCGGAGCCGUCGGCGGCGCCGCAGCCCUAAUCGGCGCCCUCUUCUUCGUCCUCAAAGCCCUCGCCUGGAAGAAAAAAUCAAAGGAGAACUCAAACCCUUACUCCCCGGCCUCGCCGAACCCGUUCCUGGACCAGAACCAUCCCCAGAUGCAGAUGCAGCAGCAGCAGCAGCAGCAGCAGCAGCCGUGGGCCAGGGGCGCGACGCACGAACUCGAUUCUCCGGCUACGACGCCGCAUUUGGCGAGUGCGGUGCCGGCGGGUUCGAUCAAGUAUGCGCAUGAGACGGCGACGGCGGCGACGGAGACGGGCAUGGCGGCGAGCGAGUUGCCGGCGGUUACUAAGCCCGUCGAGAUCCAAGGUCGGGCGGAUCCUGUCGAGUUGCCUGCAGAGGCUAGAGAGCGGUAGUUUUUCCAUCCUU